CAAAGCAAGAGCGCUUGUGUCCCCCUAUGUACGUCAGUACGUGUUUCGCAUUUCGUUCUCAGGCACAAUUGUGCUUCAGGUUCUUACACUCACCGUCGAAGCCAUCAGCGGAGUCUCAUUGCUCGUCGCUCAUCUGUAUCCAUUCCACUGCUUCAAGAGCUUAUAUGAGGGAUCAUUGAAGCCAUAGUACAUACUCGGAUGCAAAACUCUAUGACAAGUUAUUGGGUUACACAGUCUUCUAAGGUUGCCUCUUAAAAUUUCCUUCUGUAGUGAAUCAUUACGUUUAUUUUGUAAUUACCCAUGAAAUCAGGCUACCAGCCCGGUGGUGGUAGACAGGAUAAUGCUGGUACAAAGAUCUUAGUAACAUCACUGUCAGCAGUGGUGGCUGAGACAACAACUUUCCCAAUAGAUUUGAUAAAGACUAGGCUUCAACUACAUGGCGAGUCACUUUCCUCAAGUCAGCCUACCAGUGCAUUUCAGGUAGCAUUGGGUAUCAUUCGUGAACAAGGUCCUCUUGGCCUGUAUAAGGGAUUGUCUCCAGCAAUUAUCAGACACAUGUUCUACACCCCUGUUCGAAUUUUAGGGUAUGAGAGCCUGAGGAGUUUGAUUUCUGGUGAUAGUGGUUCACUUUCUCUCCCUAGCAAGGCUGUUGUUGGUGGAGUCUCCGGUAUCAUGGCUCAGGUCAUUGCAAGCCCAGCUGAUCUUGUGAAGGUGAGGAUGCAAUCGGAUGGCCGUUUAGUGAGCCAAGGUCUUCACCCUCGCUAUUUGGGGCCUUUUGAUGCUUUGAACAAGAUUAUUCAAGCAGAAGGGUUUCUGGGACUUUGGAAGGGUGUUUUUCCUAAUAUUCAGAGAGCCUUCUUAGUAAACAUGGGAGAACUGGCAUGUUAUGAUCAUGGUAAGCAAUUUGUGAUCAGAAAUAAGAUAGCUAACGAUAAUGUUUAUGCCCACACGUUAGCUUCUAUCAUGUCCGGCCUCUGCGCGACUACUUUAAGCUGUCCAGCUGAUGUAGUGAAGACUAGAAUGAUGAAUCAGGCAGCUAACAAGGAUGGUAAAUUCUUGUAUAGUAGCUCUUAUGAUUGCUUGGUGAAGACAGUUAAAGUUGAAGGAAUAAGAGCACUCUGGAAAGGAUUCUUUCCCACAUGGGCUAGGCUUGGUCCUUGGCAAUUUGUUUUCUGGGUUUCUCAUGAGAAGUUGAGAAAAAUUGCAGGGCUCUCUUCUUUCUGAUUUGCACCAUGGCCAACCCUCUUUCUUUCAUUAUAAUUUUUCAAAAAGCCAGCGAAGGUGAUAUCUCUUCUACCAAAUAUUGCCUCAAAAUUCCCCUUAAAGAACAUUUAGGAUGCGCAAAGUGCUAUCCAAAUGGACCUGAUGUUUCUCUGUCACCUUACAGAUUCUGUUGUUCAAGUAUGGGCAAAAGGUGAAAAUUUAUUAUAGGUGAUCCAUGCAUUACAGUUUUGCUGAACAAUUUUUUGUUCUCAAGAUGGCACCCAUGCAAAAUGGGAUACAGUUCAUAAGCUAAGCUUGCAUUAAUAAGGAUGAAUGCCCCCCUUUUUUCCUUUCUAACUUAUGUAUUAUCCGUAUUAUUCUCCUUCCAAAAAGAAAAUUUGGAUGUUAUAAGGUCUGAUGUAUUAUGAGAAUACCAUUGUUUAAUUGAAAGAUAAUCGUGUUCCUCUAUCAAAAUGUUUAAUAUUAUUUGUUUUAAAUGUAGGAAGGUGUUAAUACCCUAAAACAUACUACUAGGGAUUCGUAAUCAUCAGCUGAUUUGGUUGGUUAAGGGUAUGAUAUGUUGUUAGUCGUUAGCGAACAUUAUUAUGAUUUGAUUUUCGUAUUUCUGUAUGCACUUUGGUCUUUUUGACAGUUUUUGCGUAUCUAAGAUGAAGAAGAAAUAACUUGAUUUGCA